AUGGAAUCUCCCGAGGAAAAGUUGAGACGACAGACUAUUUGGUACAAAAGGUACAAAUCCAGACUUGGCACACCAACACUAUCGGAGCAUCAUAGAGCCUACCUGGAAGAGGUCGGCGCGCUUCUUGUUCUGCCAAAAACAACAACAGAUGCGCUUUUACCUCUAUACAUCUCCCUCCUAGAUGAUCUGAUUCCAGUAGUUGAUGGGUCUCGCGUCUUUCGUGAGCUUAGUAACGGGGAAGCUUCCAGAUAUCUGGUACGGGCAAUGUGCCUCGUCAUUUGCAAAACAAAGCAGGCAACCCCGUUCCUGAGACUUGCAGAUGACGGGCCUCUUUUAGAGCAUCGAAAAUUCGCAUCGAAACUCCUAACUGGACUUGAUGCGGCCCUGAAAGCGGAUCUUGAGCCAGAUCGAGUCAUCAAGACCCAGAUAUUGGCGUUGAUACACUUGCACAACGAUGGCUUCGCUGGUGGAAACCGCUCUUCAAGUUACCUAUCCCAGGCAAUUUGUGAGGCUUGGUCAAUGUCCCUACACUUCAAUAUUGCUGGAAACACAGACCAGGAGCAGUGUAAUUUUCUCUGGUGGUCGUUACGAAACUUUGAUCGGCUGAACAAACCUAUAAUGGGAGCAGCACCUUUCAUUAUUGACGACACAGACAUUUCGAUUGAUCGUAUUACGGCCAAGGCCAACAGCUAUAGAUCUCAGAUAAUGGAGGUCUCCACUGUGCUCGGUGAUCUUAUGACCAUUGCAACUAAGGUAUACAAGGCGAGCUCAAAAUCAACUGUUGACGAUAGCGGCGUCUUCCCAUCACUUGAUGACAUAACGUCAAAUACCAAUUUCUCCCAGUUUCAUCAAUCUCAUCGAGUCUACCUCGAACUGUGGUAUCACAUCGCCGCAAUGUUAUCAUGUCGAUACAGCGGACCAGGGGCUGCACAAUAUGAUAGACGGCUUGCGUCAGCGGAUCGUGUCCUCGGUAUAUUUUCACAGGGGAGACACGAAAACUUCCCACCGCUCCCUUUAGUUCCAUAUGCGCUCUCCAUGUCCACAACUGUGAUAUAUAGAGCUUUGCGUGAUGGGCAGCGAGAUCUGGCCGCGGCCUACGAAGAUCUCCGAUCAUGCUGCGACGCGCUAGAUGCAUUGGGACAGCGAUGGACGAGCGCAAAGAGUGUGGCUAAAAUAGCCAAGCGUUUAUGCAGAAUCAGUGCAAGGGCUUCACGAAACCCCCAGCUCCAGGAGACAACCCAGGGGCUCCCGAACGAUCGCUACGCCGACAGCCAAGUUGCGUCUAGGAACUCACUGAACACUAUCGCGCGGACGAGUGUUGAAGACAAUGGCCUCGUGAAUAUGGAAUCAAGCCUCACUUCUUCCCUCAACGGGAGCGAACUGAUCCCUGAAGAGCAAUUGUCUAGCCAAGACCAACUUUGGCAGGGGCAGUCGCUUGGGCCGUGGCCAGGUACUAUGGACGAUCCAUCAUGCGUCCCUCUUGAUAGAGCCUUCUACGACCUUUUUGACUACAGCAUUCCGGACGUCUUUAGAGGGCCAGCAACCUGCGAAUUCUUGCAGCUUGUACACAAUGAAGAUGAUGGUAUGGAUUGUGGUAUACAGUCUACUUCUCCUCUUGCCUCUUUCAGUGGCUGCAACGAUCCAGCUACUGAUAUGCCCAUCUGA